CCCGCCGCUGGGAAGUCCUGAGGAGGGCCUCCAGGGCCAGGUGAGGAGCAGACAGGACAGUCUGCCACUGGCUCCUUGGCGGAGGCCACUCCAGGGAGGGUCAGGCCAGAAAAUCCACCAGCCUCUGCUGCUUGUUGGCCAUGGGCGAACUCCCCUUUUUGACUCUUGGGGAGUCCUCAGAACUCCAAGUAAACAGAAGCUCCCAGUGCUCCCUAGAGGAGGUUCCUGCAAAGCCUCGACACAGCCUGGGCAUUUUCCAUGCCUCGUACAGUGUCAGCCACCACGUGGGGCCCUGGUGGGACAUUGCAUCUCGCCGACAGAAGUGGACCAGGCAGAUCCUCAAAGAUGUCUCCUUGUACGUCGAGAGCGGGCAGAUCAUGUGCAUCUUAGGGAGCUCAGGCUCAGGGAAAACCACGCUGCUGGACGCCAUGUCCGGGAGGCUGCGGCGCACAGGGACCCUGCUUGGGGAGGUGUUCGUGAACGGCCAGGAGCUGCGCAGGGAGCAGUUUCAGGACUGCUUCUCCUACGUCCUGCAGAGCGACACUCUGCUGAGCAACCUCACUGUCCGCGAGACGCUGAACUACACGGCACUGCUGGCCAUCCGCCACGGUUCCCAGAGCUUCUUCCAGAAGAAGGUGGAGGCAGUCAUGACGGAGCUGAGUUUGAGCCACGUGGCAGAUCAACUGAUUGGCAACUACAGCUUUGGGGGAAUUUCCCAUGGCGAGAGGCGCCGGGUCUCCAUUGCAGCCCAGCUCCUCCAGGAUCCCAAGGUCAUGCUGUUUGAUGAGCCAACCACCGGUCUGGACUGCAUGACUGCAAAUCAGAUCGUCGUGGUCCUAGCAGAGCUGGCUCGCAGGGACCGCAUUGUGAUCCUCACCAUCCACCAGCCCCGCUCUGAGCUCUUCCAGCUCUUUGACAAAAUCGCCAUCCUGAGCUGUGGAGAGCUGGUUUUCUGUGGGACACCGGUGGAAAUGCUUGAUUUCUUCAGUGGCUGUGGUUACCCUUGUCCUGAACAUUCAAACCCUUUUGAUUUUUAUAUGGACCUGACAUCGGUGGAUACCCAAAGCAAAGAACGGGAAAUAGAAACCUACAGAAGAGUCCAGAUGAUUGAAUCUGCCUACAAAGAAUCAGCAAUGUAUCACAAAACCCUGGAGGCUAUUGAAAGAACAAAACACCUGAAAACAUUACCAAAGAUUCCUUUCAAAACCAGAGAUUCUCCUGGAGCCCUUUCUAAACUGUGUGUUCUCUUGAGGAGAGUGAUGAGAAAUUUACUGAGAAAUAAGCUGGCGGUGACGAUGCGUCUCACUCAGAAUCUGAUCAUGGGUCUGUUCGUCAUUUUCUUCCUUCUACAACUCGGGAAGGAUGUGCUGAAGGGUGCCAUCCAGGAUCGCGUGGGUCUCCUGUACCAGUUUGUGGGUGCCAUGCCAUACACAGGCAUGCUCAAUGCUGUGACCCUGUUCCCCGUGCUGCGUGCGGUCAGCGACCAGGAGAGCCAGGACGGCCUGUACCACAAGUGGCAGAUGCUGCUGGCCUACAUGCUGCACGUGCUUCCCUUCAGCGUCAUUGCCAGCCUCAUAUGCUGCAGUGUGUGCUACUGGACUCUGGCCUUAUACCCCGAGGCUGCCAGAUUUGGAUAUUUCUCUGUUGCUCUCUUGGCCCCCCACUUAAUUGGUGAAUUUCUAAGCCUUGUGCUACUUGGCGUGAUCCAAAACCCAAAUGUGGUCAACAGCGUGGUGGCCCUGCUCUCCAUUGCUGGGGUGCUUAUGGGCUCUGGCUUCGUGAGAAACAUACAAGAAAUGCCCAUUCCUUUUAAAAUCCUCGGUUAUUUUACAUUCCAAAAAUAUUGCUCUGAGAUUCUCGUAGUCAAUGAGUUCUAUGGACAGAAUUUCACUUGUGGCAACUCAAACGCUUCUGUGUCAACUAACCCAAUGUGUACCAUCACUCAAGGAGCUCAGUUCAUUGAGAGAAACUGCCCAGGUGCAACAUCCAGAUUCACAGCAAACUUUCUCAUUUUGUAUUCAUUUAUCCCAGCUCUUGUCAUCCUAGGAAUAAUUGUUUUUAAAAUAAGGGAUUACCUCAUUAGCAGAUAGUAAAGGACACUGCUACGAAAUGGAACUUAAGCUCCUAGAUAUACAUGACUGCUUUGAAUUUCUUAAGUAAGAAUGCCACAUGAUUCUCAGUAGCACAUUGUAAGUCUUUUAACCAUUAAGACUCCAUCUGUGCCCAUUGGAUCCAUGCAGGCCUGAAAUGCUAUUCCAACUUGGAGGGACAUGUAUUAUUUGGAAAUUGUGACGGAGCAGGUUCAAAGAUGUAAAUAAUAAUUCAUAAAGUUAUGGGAGACUAG